GGGGGCAGGUCUCAGAAGCCCAUGACCUCCACUCAGAAGCCACACUUUUUCAGGAUCAUACACCCUUCGUUUCUUACACAUGGAUACCCUGGGAUUCCUCAGACUUUUCUAAGAGAAUAUGGAAACAGUCUCUCAAAUUUUGUGUUCCUCCACCCUCCCACUGGCGCUGAAUGGCGAGUAGAAUUGUUGAAACUCCAUGGUGAGGUUUUGUUCAGCACUGGAUGGCAGCGAUUUGCUGACUUUUAUUCUAUAGGAUAUGGGCAUUUCUUACUAUUCAGAUACGAAGGUAGUUCCCAUUUCCAUGUGCUUAUAUUUGAUAUGACCGCUUCUGAGAUUGAAUAUCCAUACGCCACUGCUCCCAAUCACGACCACAACCAUCAUAAAGUUUCUGUUGAGAGUUUGGAUGAUUUUCCAUCCUCCAAAACAGCAAACUAUAUGGACAUGAUCGAUAUUACCUCUAGUGAAGCAGUAUUCUACCCUAAUGGAGCAAGCAGCUUGCCAAAAGUUGAGGACAUUCAGGGUGAUUUUCCAACCACCCACAAAACAAGGGAGAUAACAAGAAACAAUCCUUCUUUUAAACCUCAUAACGCUUGCAGUUCCCACCACUAUCAUUCCUCCAUCCCAAUUUUUAGGGGAGGAGCUCUUGGAAGAGCUAAAGCUUUCAAAUUCGAAAAUCCUUUCUUCAUUGUCACCAUGCGACCAUCUUAUGUUGGUAGUAGGAAAAGUUUGACCGUACCAUUGAGUUUUGUCAAGACGCACUUCAAAGGGGAUAACAUCAAUACAAUCCUUUCAGUUUCAGAUGGAAGAACUUGGUCUGUCAAGUACAUUAAGCGAAAAAGCAAUGUGAAGUUCUCCUCAGGUUGGACAAAGUUUGUGCGAGAUAACUCUUUGGAAGUAGGUGAUGUCUGUGCCUUCGAGCUGGUCAAAUGCACUGGAACUUCACUCAAGGUUGAGAUUUUUCGGAACAAUGAAGAUGCAAGUCAUCACCUGCAGCAGUGAGAGUAGAACUUUUAGAUUUAGUAGAUGAAGGCUCGAUUUGGCAUGAUUUUGGACAAGUAUUCAGAUGAAUUUUUGUGAUGUUUGAUUGUCUUUAAACUCUCAAAAUGAAACCUGUUUUCGACUCGCAAUUAUUAUGUAGGAUGAAUGAUAUAAAUUU